CACUGCUUUUGUCCAGGAGCGGAACCAUUCAGAAGGGUUAGGAAAGCGAGGAAGCACCUCUCUUCUACGGCACUGCUACCAGCUCCUGCCCAUCUAGCAUUAUAGCAACGACCAUGGCCAUGGCGUCUCUGCAGGUGGCCUCACUCCCCCCUCUCCUUCCGGCGAGAAAUGGCCGCGCUAGCUCAAGGCCGCGGAUGGCCGCCUUGAGCUGCAAAUACAGCCAGUCCACUAGUGCCCAAGGACGAACAAGGCUCAGAAACCACGUAACACGCAGAGAUAUCCUGUCAUUCAUGUCAUCUGCCAUCUUGGCUGCAUUCCUGGUGGCUAGCCCUGCUGAAGCUAGAACUUCCAGGCUGGAGAACAAGAAGAAAGCCAUGGAGAAGCUGGAGAAGCUCCGGGAGAAGGCGUUGGGCCCAAAGAAGAAGAACGGAUCCACCAGCAAGGAGAUGCCACCUCCGGCGAACUUGCUGAUCCCUCCUGCGGCGGUCGAGGCUUCAUUGUGAAAGAUACUCGGUCCAUGGGGCCUUCAUGUUGAUGGCAAUGCUGAUCUGAAUUUGUUGUUGGAACAUUUUUACGGAACUCCUGUAUCAUGAUGCCAGCUGCUUCCUUAUUGAAAGCUACAGUGUUUCCUAAAAAGAAAGCUACAGUGAUAUGCCGGUUC